UCACGAGUCAAGUGCAGGUCGCGCUUUCGCUUCCUGCUGCACCCACUCACUACCCACGACUCACAUCUCGAUUCACGGCCUCACGAGUGAUUGCCAGCACCACAUAUACAUAUGAACACAAAGCUUUCAGGCUCCAGAUGACCGGCAGCAGCAGAUCGGUUCAAAUAGCAGCAGCAGCAUCUGCCCACCCUCGCGCGCUGAUCUUUUCUUGCUUCAUGUCACUUUGGACGGCUGCCUCGCCGCGCUGAAUCCCCAGCCGGGCAGCCUCAUCAAGGCCAAAGCCAUCGCGCCGCGCCCAGUGUGCGAGCACUCGGCAAUAGCCGUCGCAGCUAAGAUGGAGGCCUUGCCCCACAUUCACGUGCCUGACAACAAGGUACCAGAGCGGCACACGGGUGACGCAGACGUCAACGUCGACUCGUACCUCGUUCAAGGUCAGGGUCAGCUUCCACCCCGAACAUCGCUUGGCGGCAGCAGUCGCAGUGAGAACACUGCUGACGACAGUAGCAUGGACGGAAGGCGCAGCAGCGAGCCGCCCACCACUUUUCGCCAAGAGCGAGCGAAGCGAUGGCAGGAGCCAAGCGGCAGCGUGACACCGGAGAAUGCCUCGCUCAACAACUACCAGGGCAGACAAGAGAAACAUGAUGAUUUCGAAUCGCGGCAUGACGCCCGCCAUCAUCGACCCGACAACGCGGGCGCAAUUGAUCCCGCUGCGAUGACGACGCCCGUCGUGCAAACAGGCGACGAGGAACAGGCCAAGCGGCAUCUUGGCGAAUUAGCUGCUGAUGACGAGACAGCACAGGGCGGUGUCCGCUCAACUACACGCACCACCCAAACCACCUCAUCACGAGCUGCGACGAGUCUCUCCACACCUGGCACCUCUGCCCAAGCUGUGUCCUCCUCCUCGGCCUCAUCUUCACCCGCAAUUGCUCUGUCGACUGCGCUACAAAGAGCAGGCUUGAACGACAAGUCCCGCAUACGCUCUGGCAUCCUCUCUCGAUCCCCAUCAGAGCGGAGCAACAGCAAGUUUUCCACAAGCGGCACCAACUCACCUGUGCCGUCCGCUUCAGCUUCGGCUUCGGCUUCGGCCCCUUCAGCGUCAGAAGACGAGGGCGGGAGCGCUCGCAUACUCGCUGCUGCAAGAUCCAGAAGGGCAAGGUUGGACAAUCUUAGCGCCAACAGCUCCGAAGCUCACCUUGCACGCGCACGUAGACUCGAUACGAGUGGCUCUCUUGCUUUCGCAGGCACCACUUCUGGCCCCACAACGCCUACAGCAAUGACGGCAGCUACUUCGACCAGCAGCUCCCCUUCUGCGGCUUUAAGCAGUGCCCUCCACUCCCUUCACACGAGCCAUCCCUUCUCUGAGUACGCGGGGCGCGAAGCUGCUUAUUUAGCGGAAGCCAUUCGGGAAGCUGGUGAAGCAAGUGCAACACACAUCGAUGGCUCGUACUCUGGAGCUGGCAUCUAUGCGCCCCCACUGUCUGCAGCUAGCUCAGCAUCCGGAGGCUAUCGAAACGAAAGUCAACCUCUUUCUAGGCCGAGACUACCAGCUGGAGGCGCAUGGAGGUCUGGCGAGUCGAGCGCGGCAAACAGCUACGCGAGCUCCGUAGCCUCCAGGUCUGGUUCCAUUCGCAGGCAGGGUGCGAUGCGUCAAGGCAGCGGGGGAGAGAUGAGCGCCAGCGAUGAUGGAGUUCUGAGCGGCGCGAACCUUGCUCGAGCCAAGAGCGUCAGCAGCGUUAGCAGCGUGACGAGCUCUAGCAGCAUGGAGGCUGUCCCCUUUCGAGCAGCGCCCUUGGGAGGGGUUCGAGAAGGUUUCGGAGGGUUCAAUGCCAGAGCAGCUGCUCAAUCCCGCACGCUCCCUCGCUCUGCCGGAUCAGCUUUGAUAGGCUCUGGCUGGCCAGCCAGAAGACCAGAAGAGGAUGCGGAGCCUUCGCAGACCAAUGCGUCGCUAGCCGCUCUGAGUCCUACAAAACUGAAGCAUACUCCGAAAGGCCCCUCUGAUGCGUGGUUAUUCCGCAACGCGCCUGGACUUGGCAGCACUAGGGGAGCUAGACCGAUUCCUGGAGCUCCUUCGAGCUCUGUCGAGCCGCUGCGCUCGCUCUUCACCCCUUCGCUUGGGCUCUCGCCGCCCGAUGGAGAUUCAGCACCUUCCACGUCUCCGACGCGCACGAGAGCGAGUUCGGUGAUCCGCAGCAAGCUCGCCAAGAGCGCUGGAAAGCUGGGACUCAAGCCACUGACCGUGAUGCCCACCUCUGGUCCUGGUCAAGGGUCGCCUGUUAUCGCUUCAUUGCACUCUAGCAAUCCCGUCGAGCGGAUUGGUGCCGUGCUAAACCAAGCUACAUUGGGCUCAUCCAGCACGCCAAAGACGGCUGAAGACUCCAUGGCCCUGCUGACUCCCGUACCGGACACCUACUUUGCGCAUUCUGGACCCAAAGAUGGCUCUUCCUCUUUCUUGCCGGAAAGCAUGAUGCGUACCAGCAGUGUCACGAACGCACCCCUUGUUGUACCCAAGCAUCCGCCUGGACCACCAGGAACGGGACCGCCCCCUUCGCCCGGCCUCAUCGGUGUGGCCAGUCCUUCCUUCAUGCUGCGAACAGCCAGCCCUCGUAUCAGCCCUCGGGAGCUGGCGGAUGACGUCUUGAAUGAUGCUCAUGGACACCACUUGGGGAGAGGCGCAUCGGCGGAGCCAGGUUCUCAAGCAAGUGAUACAGCGGCGUCUCCCUCGUCCGCCGCGCUUCAGCGCGACGACACUCUGACACCGGAGGAUUCGAACAUCCAGGCGAUGUUCCUCGCACAGCACAGGUCAGCUUCUUCUUCCACUAUAGGCCCUGGUCUGACGCCAGCCCAGCUUGUCCAGCAGCAAGCACAAGCCGGAGUGGCCGUCGUGCCCUCGGAGCCAAGCGGAGACACGCCAGGCCCAUCACCUGCCUCCCCUGCUUUAUCUCCUUUGCGCGAACACCCUCCUCGUACCGGCAGCGCCUUCCUGACACCAGCCUCUGCGCGCCACCAUCACAACAACUCGGGCAGUUCCGGUGGAACGGCUGUGGGAUCUUUAGGGACUGUCAUUCCUCGCACUGCAUCACCUUCUCCUCUCGGGCCUAUCACCUCGCGUCCACGUCGACCUGGCCUUUUGAGAGCACUUACUAGCGAGGGGGCAAUACCGCGGAACAGUAGUACGGGAGAGGCGUCGCCCAAGUCGCCCAGCAAUUCAUCCUCGCCAAACAGCCUCGGUCCUCAUCCGUUGCGACCCAGUCGCUCAAAGAAAGCCAUCCAGAGCGAAGAGUCUGUGGCGCAGUGGAAAGCGCCUGGUCGGAGCAGAGGUCUUAGCGGGAGCAGCAGCGGAACUGGAAGUAGCAAAGGUUCUAGCUCCAUUUCUUCGGCUCCAUCCGGUGCGAUGCCACCAGCUGUGCAAGCCGCUGCCGUGCCCUCGCGGUCUCCUUCAAUCGUGCACGAUCUAGCCUCCACUAACCCUUUCACAGCUCCAUUUACGCGCGUCGCGACCGAGCAAGGGCCUAUGGGAGAAGAUGCGGUGACCGACUCUCAGCCCUCGAUUGCCCAGCCCUCCCUCUCCGCUUUCGUCGCCUCAUCCAGCCGUCCGCCUUUACCAGGCUCGCUACCCUCUUUCGCGCCAUCGAAUGCAAUCACGAUCGACGAGGAAGCGCCUUUGGUCCCUAUCAGGACAGUCAAGCGCGAAGUUGCGGCAGCUCCUCGACCGCCACCCUUUCGCUUACCCGAGGCUGCCACGUCUGCCGUUUCGCUGGACGUCCCAAAGCAGCCCAUCUUGGCGCCGUUGGAACCAGCAACCGCCACCGCGCAAGCUUUACCGCAGCUUGGUGAGAUAUCGGAGCAUCCUACCGCUCACGUCUCAGCUCCGGAUUUCUCGAAGAUGACGGACGCUGGGGAUCGGCCAACACUUCGCGCUGCUUCUUCGCUGUCGAUCGUAAACACUCCACAAAUCACGAGCGCGCCUGCAGUGAGCGAAGGCGAUGCUAAGGGCACGAACGCUGCGAUGUCUAGUCAGCGGGCAUCGCAGCUGCACACGCCCGUCAAGAGCAGCACGUCACCCGGAACACACGCGUCUCAACAACAGACGCGCACGGCGCGAGGACGUGACGACUUUGAGUUUGGCGAAGUGUUGGGCGAAGGAUCGUACUCGACGGUCAUCGAGGCUUGGGAUCUUCUCUCCAAGCCGAGCACAGGCGCGCGCGAUUCGUUCGACGAAAAGGCCGCGAAGCCGAUCUCUGCCAACGCGGCGAUAGCCGGUGCAGGCUCCAGCGCGAUUCGCAGCGCUGCGAUUCGCAACGAAGGACGCAAACGCUACGCCGUCAAGGUCCUCGAUAAGGUGCACAUUCUGAAAGAGAAGAAGCAAAAGUAUGUGGCGGUGGAGAAGGAGGCGCUCAGCUUGUUACUUCGCCAUCCGGGUGUGGUCACGCUUUACUGGACCUUUCAAGACCGAGAUAGUCUUUAUUUCGUGCUGGAGCUUGCUCCUAAAGGCGAGCUCCUCGGCCUGAUCAAGCAGCACGGCUCUCUUGAUAGUCUGAGUGCAACAUACUUUGCUGCUCAGCUGGUCGACGUCAUAUCGGGGAUGCACGCAGUUGGCGUGGUGCAUCGAGACAUCAAGCCAGAGAACGUGUUGCUAGAUGCGCAGUACCGCAUCCGCAUGGCCGACUUUGGUUCCGCCAGCAUCCAACGCCAGCCUUCUGGCAAGCCGCAAGUACCAAGGGCAGACGGCACCAAUGCCCAAGAAGGUGCGCGGCCACGCACAAGCAGCUUUGUUGGUACGGCCGAGUAUGUCAGCCCAGAGCUGCUCACCGAGAAAGCUGCGACGCACAGCUCGGAUUGGUGGGCCUUUGGAUGCGUCCUUUACCAAAUGAUAGCUGGCAGACCUCCAUUCAAGGGGCCCAACGAAUACCAGACGUUUCAGCGUAUCAUCAAGCGCGAGUACGAAUUUCCAGAAGAAUUUCCGAAUGACGCAAAAGAUCUCGUAGAGAAGCUGCUCGUGCUCGAUCCAGCGCAGCGCCUCGGGACCGGACCGGAUGGCGUGCAAAGCAUCAAAGGUCACGCUCUCUUCCGAGACGUGGACUGGUCCUCCGUCUGGACCUGUCCAGUCCCUGAUAUACAAGCGGGCAUCUUCAAGAAAACGGUACCUGCAACUCGACCGCCGCAAUUUGCUUCAGGGGAUGAUGGCUUUGGCAGCGAUGCUUGGGCCGAGGGAUCCAUGGAUUCGACCGACGAGGAGGAGUCUGCGGGCCACAACAGAGAUGCGAGUCGCUCCGCUGCUUCGUCGGACGCGGGCGCCGAUCAGUCUGCACGGUCUCUUGCGAGCGAGCCGGGAGAGGGAGGUCAAGAGGCUGAUGAUGAUGACUCAUCGAACGACGAAGCACCCAGAACCUCGCGUCGGAGGAACACGUCUUCCAAUCGUCUCAGCAGCAACAUCCUGCGCGUCGCCGCUAAUAUCGCUGGUGCUAUGGGCGGAGCAGAUGUGAUGAGCACCGGUUCGGCCAAAGGCAAAGUACCGCAAGCACGCAAUUCCAUCUCUGGUCUGCGUGCAACGCAAAAUCGCUUCUCCACGGCUUCGCUCGACUCGGCCAACUCGAGUCCGCACAGCUCCAACGUGGCCUUCCCAGCGACGGCGGGCGGACAAGAGGCUUUUCGCAACGCGCCAGACUUGCAAGCGCAAGUAAGAAGCUGGGCAGCGCUCCUGUUGCCGCAAGAAGCGCUACUGUUUGCAGGGCCGGUCAUUCAACGCAAGACGGGAGCUUUCAGAACGACUUCUAGAAGCAGGCAGCUAUUGCUCACCGAUUUUCCUCGACUGCUGUGCGUCAAGGAGACUGAGGAUCAGCUGGUUGUCAAGAGUGAGGUGAUCCUUGCUGUGCCGCGCGGGUCUAGCCCCUCUCGUCUGUCGAGCGAGAGGCAGCCUCAUUCGCUUGAAGGACCUCAUUCGGGAUCAAUGACCGCUACUACCCCUUCGAGUCGAUCUAGCCUGCUGGCGCAACGUAGAGACAGCAGCAGCGCUUUGUCCCGAAUGGCAGCCAUCUCUCCGGACGCUGCGCCAAACUUUGUGACCGCUGUCGAAGCAAAGGGCUCUCGUGCAUUUGUUGUGCACACGCCGGCAAGGACUUACCUGUACGAAGAUUCUGCUAGUGGCGAUGCUACGCAUUGGAUCAGAUCCAUCAUAGCUGCCGCUCAGAGGUCGUGA